AUGGGCAUCUUCAAGAAGGGUCGGCUUACCGUGGCCGACGACACCGUCACCAAUGCCGCCCAGCUGACACUGAGACAGUCCCUGCUGCCGAACAUACUGGUAACCGUUCUCUUCUUCCUCUGGGGCUUUGCAUAUGGCCUCCUUGAUGUUCUCAACUCCCACUUCCAAACGACCCUGAACAUCACCCCCGCAAAGGCAUCCGGCCUGUCCGCCUCGUACUUUGGUGCCUACUUUCUGUGCCCCCUCACGAUCUCCGGAUGGAUCCUGCGACGCUUCGGCUUCCGACUCACCUUCGUCACUGGUCUGGCUGUGCUGGCUGUUGGCUGCCUCAUGUUCUGGCCCUCGGGGAUCAAAAAGUCCUUUGGCGGUUUCUGUGGCUCGAUGUUUAUUGUUGGUGCUGGACUGUCGACCCUGGAAACAGCGGCCGAUCCGUUCCUUGCUAUCUGUGGUCCUCCAAAGUACUCCGAGAUUCGGUUGAAUUUGGCGCAGGCUGUUCAGGGCGUUGGGGGGUUCGUGGCGCCCCUGUUGGCUAGUCGUGUUUUCUUUGCUCAUACAGUGGACGAUGACCAGGGCCUUAAGAAUGUGCAAUGGGUGUACCUCGGAGUCGCCGGGUUCGUCGGCCUGCUCAUCAUCCUGUUCCUCUUCGUCCCAUUCCCAGAGAUCACAGAUGCCGACAUGGGCGCCCAAGAAGCCGAAAUCUCCGACCACGACUCGGGCCCCUUCCGCGCACAGUACACCCUCUUCCUCGGCGUCUUCUCCCAAUUCUGCUACGUCGGCGCCCAGGUCGCAGUCGCAAACUACUUUAUCAACUUCGCUGUCGAGGCCGGCAAGGACAAGGCUGAGGCGAGCGAUCUCUUCGCGGUCGCGCAGGCCGUCUACGCGGCCAACCGGUUCAUCGCCGGCGGGCUGAUGGUCAUUCCGGCGUUCAAGCCGCGGUAUAUGCUCCUCGUCUACCUGUCCAUGUGCACGGUGUUUUCGAUCAUUUGUAUCGUGACCAAGGGGACGGCGAGCGUGGCCAUGUUGAUUAUGGUGUUUGUCUUUGAGAGUUGUUGCUUCGCGACGAUUUUCUCGAUGAGCAUGAGGGGUUUGGGACGGCAUACGAAGCGCGGUGGGAGUUUUCUGGUUGCGGCGAUUAGUGGGGGUGCGGCGUUUCCUCCGAUGAUGGGUGCUGUCGUCACAAACAAAAGCGCCCAUACAGCCAUGGCGAUACCCAUGUUGGGAUACAUUCUCGCGCUUACUUUCCCUGUCUAUGUCAAUCUCUUCCAGAAGGAGAGGAUGGAUUCGCACCGCGUGUCGGCAGUGGGGAUUGCUCCGACUGAGAACAAACUGGAGCUCUCGACAGAGGAGGGCAAAGGAGGGUCGCAGACUCAUAUAGAGGAGGCGAGCGGCAGAUGA